AUGGCCAUGCGUGGACCGCGACUCCAGGUCGGAUCGACCGCCUGGGUCGCUGAGGAACGAUCCUGUGCGAAGCAAAUUGUCGAAUCCGAGGUUGAAGAAUUCUCCUUUUCCGCCCGAAAUGAGCUGGACUGGCUCAAUGAGCACAUGGCAGGAAUAUUCGACGAGAAUCAGCUCAACAUUGCAGAGACCUUCAAGACUCCCGGAAAGCUUCGAGGCAAGACUCCGAGAACAGCACGGAAGCCCAUUGCUUCAGAGGCGCGUCAAGACACCACAGAACAUGGCGACGAAGAGAUCGAUUCUCCUUUUGCCUCGGACGAUGCGCAAUCAAAAUCUGAUGCUUCAAGUCCUCUUCAACCUGUCGUGCGAAAGAGCAGCAUUCACUUCGCAUCUUUGCCCGCGCGCGAGCCCAUGACGGGCGGCAAAGCCACCGGUACAAGAACUUCAAGGCUAAGUCAUCUCGACCACAACAGAAGAAGUCACUUUGGUCGCCAGGCGGACGAUAAGAACGUGGGCCAUCACACACAAAGCGGAACCGAAGAAGUUGAAGAUCAUCGGGAACCCAUGGAUAUUGACGAUCAAGGCAGUGCAGACAAGUCAUCGACAGUCUUGAACCAUAACAAAACCUAUACGCAGAGAUUGCAGGAUCAGAUCAACCGGUUGGGUAAAUCACAGCCAAGGCCUUCCAAGUCUGUUCACUCGGUCCAAGUUUCCGAUGCCACAGGUCCACCACGAGUCGAAGGCCCCAAGUCACCAUCUCCCAAGACGAGAGACCCCGCAACGACGACUCCGGGAGCUUUCCCAGAGGAUGACGAAGACGAAGACGAAGACGAAGAUGGUUGGGUCAACCAGUCUCUACCACCAGCUGCGGCAGUUGCCAAGCAAACACAAAGUCCUAGGCCGGCUUUGCCAAAGAGCCACUCGGCAGAUGUCAUGGAAGGUAUCCAUGAUGUGAAUUAUGUUGGUGGCGCGAUGCUUGCACUAUCGGCUACAGAGCAAGAGGAACGAGCAGUAUCGCCCCAGCGGAAGCCUGCGGCUGUCCUUGGACAUGGCAAGUCUGCGUCAGUAUCAGUAGCCACGAUGGUUGCGCCCGACAUUGACGAGCAGACACUGCCGCUGACGAAGGCGACAUCAAUUUCCAAUGCGUCUAUCAUGGAUCCCUCUGGGUCCAAGAGCCCAGCGAAAACACCUUCGCGUGGAUUCCGGGAUAGUCCGCUGAAACAGGUCAAGAACAAGCUGUCUUCCAUCUUGAAAAGCUCGAGGGGCCUACUCGCAAGCAGCGCGGCUCUGAGCGCCGAGAGCAAAACGUCGAUGAUCUCCCCUUCCACUACUCGAUUAGCCGCCCAUGCUGGUGCCUCCGCCUCCACUCUGUCGUUGGCAUCGAAGAACCAGGGUGAUUCAGAGGAUGUUAGCAAAGGCGCACCCGUUGCACGACGCACGCGAGCUUCAACUGAGCGCGAAAAGGAGGAAAAGCGUGUUGAGAAGGAAACCAAGCGUAUGGAGGAACAGGAACUGAAGCUUGAGAAGGCAAGGGAGAAGGAGAGGGUAAAGGCUCGCGUCUUCAGCAAGGAACAGGAGAGAGUGAUAUCCGCGGAGCAGCAAAAGGAGCAGCAACUGCCGCCACCAACUGCUGUCAAGGAAUCGGCAAAGACAACGAGAACCACCCCUGGCAAGUUCCAGCGACCUGCGGAGACGUCAGACCUGCCAGAUGAUCACGACAUUGACAUGGCUGAUGCUGCACCUGCAGCGCCGCCAGCUUCAUCUACCAAGACCGCGGGAACCAGCCAGAUUGCAAGAAAGGAGCUCAAGAGGCCAACGAAACCCACGAGAGAUGCGCAGCCAAAGCCUAAGCAAGCUCCCACCGUCAUUCGCGUGAAUACCGGCUCGCAACAGCCACUGUAUCAGCCCACUGCCCAGAGCUCAAUUGCCGUUCCGGAAACGCCCGUCACGACCCAGCUCGGUAGUAAAGCAAGCAAGGCAUCAUUGCAACGUCAGGCUUCCGUGCAAAACCUGAAGGGUGCGUCGUCCGCCCCCAGGCCUAAGGCGCUGGAUCUCGCCGCGAAGAAGAAGGAGCAAGAUGAGCGAGAGGCCCAGCGCCGCCGUGAGGCCAAGGCCGAGGUAGAGCGGAAGAGGGCCGUUGCGCUGGAGGAGCAGCGCAAGCAAGAGCAGCGCCGACAAGACGCCGAGCGGCAAAAGCAGAAGAGCCGAGAACAAGCUGCUGCGCACGCGGAGGCCAAGCAGAGCGCCCACAGACAGGCCAUGAUCGAGAAAGCCAAGCAGACCAGAGCACCGCCACCAGCCGUACGGUCGCAGCCCAACGGGCCGCCCAACCACGGCCACUCCUCUCAGGAUCGAUCAUUGGUGGCUGGCCAGCCCUCUCGUCCGCCUUCACGCAUGGGAUCGGAAAUCGGUCGACCCAUGUCCACAGCACCAGCAGCGAAGCCAGGCUUGAAACGAACCAUGGCUCCCAACGAUGACGCACAGAAUCAAGCUAGAAGACCCCCCUCCAGAGGUGGCCAGAGCUACCAGAUGAAGGAGGCGAAGCGUCGCCGCACGAGCCAAGACCACGACGAACUCGACAGUGAACCCCUGCCUAACAUCAGAGGACCUCCAGUGCGGCCUUCGGCCGGGCUCAAGAUGCAGGAUAUGUCCAAGAAGUCAGCGUUCCAGACCAGCUAUGCGAGCAAUCAAUCUGGGCCGGCGCGAGACUUGUUCAAAGCGACAGUUACAUCUCAGCAUCAUGGUCAAGCAAAACUCGCGCACCCGCGAGACAUGGCCCAGAUAUCCAAAGGCGCGAUACCCUUUGCUCCGAACGCCAACCCGGCUGGUCCAUCUCACAAGACGCCGGGCCACGCUUCGGGCUCGUACAUUGCCAAGUCCGGGGUCAAACCAGCGCAGAAGUCGUCGCCUCGUUUCCAGAAUGGCGAAGCCAUUGAGCUGCCAGAGAUCAAUACGGAUGAUGAAGACGAGAGCGAGGACGAGGCGCGCAACACAAUGAUGGCAGACUGGGCAGAUUCACCCAACCUCCGGGGUGCUCUGCUACGACAAGAAACGGUCGACCCAUCACAGAUCUUUGGCCCGCCCGCUCCCUUGAAUAUGGAAGAGGUGUUCAACAAGAGCAAGGACAGGUGGCAUAAGUUCAGGGCGAGAACGUCAAGUGCCAAUUGGAGCGGCUUAGAUCGUCUGACGGAAGACGAUAUUAGGAAAGAUCUGGCAGCUCGAGACAAGAUUCGACGAGACGGUGGCUGGUCGUAUGAGCUUAGCAAGGAUGUGGUCUGA